AUGGAGGCUGAGGGCCGUUGUAAAUUCGAAAAAGGGCCUCACUUUGGACAUGCCUGGUAUCUCUAUUACAGAUUGAAUAAGAAGAAUGCUAUCCAUGAUGAAGAAAAGGGCAUAGAGGAAACAAAGCAUACGGGCAUAGAGGAAACAAAGCAUACGUUCUGUUUAUUUAUAAUCUUUUCAUUGGUCUCAUUGGUCUCAAAAUACUGUACCAUUGACUCGUUCAGACUUCUUUACAACAAAUUAAGGAAAAAAGAACCAAUAUAUGAUGAAGAAAAGGCAAUAGAGAAAUCAGAGCCCAAGCCUAAGCCCUCAACACCUGCAACCACUUUGAGGGUUAUGCCUGACACUGAGAAGACGAUGAUCAAAGCUACUAAGAAAACACCUUUGGCAAAAAAGACUAAAGACAAGAAGGAGACAAAGAAGAAGAAAAAGGCUUCUUUGAAAUUGGUGGACGAAUCAAUUAAAGGGGAGGCCAUUGAAGUGCCUUCUAUAAAACAAUCCACAGAUGAGCCAAUGCAAUCAGCUCAAAGCCCACAAAUAUUUACAAUCCCUACAGAGACUAAAGACAAGAAGAAGAAGUUGACGAAGAAGAAAAAAAGGGCUUCUGUGAAAUCUGUGGAAAAAUCAAUGAAAGGGAAGGCAAUUGAAGUGCCUACUAUAAAACAAUCGACAGAUGAGCCAAUGCAAUCAGAUCAAAGCCCACAAAUACUUACAAUCCCUACAGAAAGCGUCACCGUGAUACAACCAGAACAGCAACCUACUGUACCACUUAGAGAGGAAUAUGUCCCACCAGCAAAUAUUCUCUCUAUGGAACAAGAAAAUGUGGCAUCAGACAGUGUUUCGGUGUCACCAAAUAUUCCAGAUUUUCACCAACCCGUUGUGAAAAGCAAGACAGAACCUAGCUCUAAUACUAAAUUAAAGCGGAUAAUAAUUGUGACUUGGAUAGACGAGAUCACAGAUGAUGAAGAUGACGAAGCAUCAGCUCAAAAGAUUAUGCCAGAAUGA